CUAUUCUUUUUCCCAUUUAACAAUUUAAUCCUCCCUUUAUACCAGUCGCCGAUCGAGAACCAAAACCCUUGUUUGGCUCCCCCUGACUCAGAAAGAUGUCGUACUUGUUGCCUCACCUUCACUCAGGAUGGGCGGUCGAUCAAGCCAUUCUCGCUGAAGAGGAACGCCUUGUCAUUAUCCGCUUUGGCCAUGAUUGGGACGAAACUUGUAUGCAGAUGGAUGAGGUGCUGGCUUCAGUCGCAGAUACAUUAAAGAAUUUUGCUGUCAUAUACCUGGUGGACAUCACAGAGGUCCCUGAUUUUAACACGAUGUAUGAGUUGUACGAUCCGUCAACCAUCAUGUUCUUCUUCAGGAACAAGCACAUCAUGAUUGAUCUUGGCACAGGAAACAAUAACAAGAUCAACUGGGCACUCAAAGAUAAACAGGAGUUCAUUGAUAUUGUUGAGACUGUGUACCGUGGUGCACGAAAGGGUCGUGGUCUAGUUAUUGCACCCAAAGAUUACUCUACCAAGUAUCGUUACUGAGUGUCUGUUGAUAUUGUAUUUUGUUUGUGGAAUAUGAUGCACUUUAUGACUGAACUGUAAAAUACGGUUGCUAAAGUGGUUCUCAUUAGACCGACUCAAGUUGCUGUCAAGAUCCAAGUGUACAAUAACUUUCCAUUAGUUGUAAGUGGAAAGACUUCAACUCUUCUGAAAACCAUGUUAUGAUCAAUUAUAUCGACCUUUCUGUAA